AUGGCAACUCCCGAGCUCCAAGUCCCUGUCUCUGAGAAGAUAGUCCAAGAUGUUGACCAAAGGUACUUCCUACCACGGAAUGUGGAAGAAGCAGAGCGCAUGAGAAACCAGCAUGAAUGGGUAAAGGCAUGCGCUGGCGGGCUCGUUCUGGCUCCUAUUGACUUGAAUCGCCGCGGCCUCCGUGUGCUCGAUGCUGCGACUGCAGAUGGAUACUGGAUGCAAGACGCGAAAUCUGUCUUUCCAUUGGAUACAGACUUCCUUGGAUUCGACAGCGCCUAUCCCCCUCUCCCAAGCACAAACCCUACCACCCCAGCAACGCCACUAACAAUCACCAAACAAAACCUCAUCGAAGACUUCCCCUCGUCAUGGACCAACACUUUUGACUUCGUCCACCAACGCUUUGUCAUUCCCCUAUUUAAGGACGUUGAAGUGCCUCGCGUCCUGCACAACCUUACCAGCUGCCUUAAACCGGACGGAUGGAUCCAGCUCGUGGAAAUGGACUUCACCACAUUCGUCUCGCAGCCACAAGACCAGUGCAAUUCAUUCCGGAUGAUCCAUGAAUUAACGUCGAAGGUGGUUUCUGAUCCGCUGGCCGCGACAAAGCUUGCGGAUCGGUUAAGAGAGGAAGGCCUUGUGAAUGUUGGGUUUCGGGCCGUUGACAUGGUUGCAGGGGCUGCUCAUGAGGAUCCCGUAGUUGGGGAGAGGGGAGUGAGAAAUAUGUUAUCGAUCUUGGAGUUUUUUAGGUCUGUGACUAGCCCCGAUAUGUUUGGGAUGUCUGCCGAUGAAUGGGACCAGUUACCGAAGAAUUUUGCUCAGGAUAUGAGAGAUUAUCGGACCGCUCUACGGGUUUACUUUGUUUGGGGUCAAAAGCCUAGUUCUUCAUAA